AUGACGUCGGACCAAAACGGCUUUGAGAUGCUCGACGAAGAAAACGAGGCCGUCUCACACUCAUGCGUUGGCCUGGGUACUAUCGGCGAGGCCGAGAUCGAAUGCACAAUCGACUGGGAGAAGUCGCUAUGGGGCGUCCUCGGGCCUGAGAUGACACCAGCUGGCCUGCUGUAUAUGAAUCUUUCGUUCAAGAAGCCCUAUAAAAGCUCGGUCGCGCGCGUUACUGUCUCCAUCACCCUGAGCGAGGACGAUUUGCCACACGGCGCGCCUGCUGGCCCUCUCCUUGUUACCCAGUUCCAUGGGCCUUCUGAAAUCUUGGGCUCAGACCUCGUUGACGAGCCUUCCGGCUCCGGCCCUAGUGGCAAAGAUGCCGAGAGAUAUGGACACACAUGGGGAUUUGCCGGACUUGUCAGGAUGACAUACCGUACCAUUCAAUGGACAUUCACCAGGUACAAACCUGAUGAGCGAGAUUCCCCCAGCACAUUCCCCAUCGCCUUUGUGUUUGAACACGGCGGGCGGCCGUUCAACAUGCGAGUGGAGAUAAAAGGCAAGCUCGACAGACGCUGGCUCUACAAACACCCCCACUAUGGAAUUAUGAAAAAGAGCGCCGGGGUCCUGACAGUCAUCGAUCCGGGUGGAAUGCCGUCCCCACCUAAAAGUCUGGAUGGCUUUGCUGCAGACCUCUCCAAGAGCAUGUAUAUGGCAUACCAUGGACGAAAACCACCCUGGAUUUCCAAACCGGUUGCUCCCCAGUUUUUCCGCCAAGAAAACACACUCGAUGGCAGAACCGACUCUAGCAUUGUAUCAGGCUCUCUUGUUGCGGGCCAAAUUACAUCAGGUGCCAGUGCCACUCAGAGAGCAAUUUCGCCCGACAUUCAGACUGUCGACCCUCAAGACAUUUUCACAGCUUGGAUGAAUAACAAACACCAAAACAAGGCAUGGAACGUGGAAAACCGAAAGGCUCUGCGUGCAGACAGGCUUGGCCUUAUAGACGACUUUAUAGAGGAGUUGUUGCGUGAUGGUAGGGCAGGUCUUGCAACCCAUCAUCCCAUGAAAAUCGAUUACACAUACUCGGCUCCCUCGCGGCUUUCAAGCUGGCCCUGGACUCGGAAAUCUCAAACAUCCCGCAUCACCUCUGCUGACUCUGGAAAGUCUCUCGAUGAGUCCGGAGUUGACUCUUUACAGCAGGAGGAUGACCUUACCUGGCACAUGGUACGGUUCAUACAGCCACGGAGCGUCAGGGAGACAAUAUUCUCCGAGAUAUACAGCCUACUGAUGGCGGAUACACCUGAUAACACGUUUCUUCAACGGAUCCAGACAGCGCUCGAAGCGCAAAGGGACCGUACAUUUCUGCCGGGGAAGGUAUUGGGUGAAAUAGAUCAGCCGAACGCGGACCCCGGAAGCGUGCCACGGCCUCUCGAGGAAUAUGUUGAUGACAAGCCCGGUUUGGACGAUGAUGAUGAUGAUGAUGAUCGCCACGAAGAAGCAAUGAAAACCGAACCCGAGGCGCUGCAAGCCCUUGACGCCACGACCAGCUUUCUCACCACAGGGGAGCCCUUUGAGCUUUACAAGAAGGAUCUGAGGGAUUUUCUAGAGCAGAAAAGGACAUCAGAGAAGGCAGUUGAGCCCGAAUGUCCAGAGCUUGCACGAGCCGAUGGCGUGGUUGAGGCUCAAGACAUGCCCCUUCUCAAAGACGAGGGGCGAUACCGAGAGGAGCGGCUCGGGUCGAUCCUAGCGGCAAAGAAACUCGGAAAGAGACUUGUGAAUCGACUGGCCGUCACGUAUUGGAAUCUCGGACGCGUGUGGCGGCCGAGGCUUGCCGACGGUCACCGGCGUAUUGAAUGGACCUGCGACUGUGGAAUGGAACUGUUUGCCGACUUUUCUGUCUCGCAGGGAGUGGGUGUCAUCGACGCCUUGGAGCAGUCCCUACAAAGCCGUGGCCCGCCACCGUCGUAUGCAGGCGCGCUAAAUUCAGGGGCUACCCCGCCCGUGACUGGGCAGUCCCCAACGCCUCAGCAAGGACAACAGCCACCCCGGGCGGGACUAAACUCGACUUCGGAUGUCAACAAUGCAGGAUCGCCAAUAGGGCAGACCGGAGCCCUGCAGCCGACCAACACAACAAAUGCAUCAACACCAGCCAAUGGGGUUCCUCCCACGCAGGCCACCGACCGCCCGAAAUACCUGGCCCUCUGUGUCAACACGGGAGGCAUAUACAAGACGCUGGCCGAGAUCAACACGACCAAAAUGGCGAGCGACGCCGAGGUUUUCCAGAGCAUGAAAGCAGCUUACGUCCAAACCAGGGGGCGCCUGUCUCGAUUUUGGUUCCUGGUGAAACCGGUUACUGUCGAGUUUAUUCAGGCAAGUGUUGAUGGCGGCGAGAUGAAGCCCUUCAACAACAAGCUCUGA